AUGGCUGGGAGAACACACAGGUCCAUAGUAUCAACAAAGUUUGGUGACAGGCCUCUCAUUGAUGUUCCACCUAUUUCAGUUCCUCAACAUAUACCGAACAAACAAAAUUUUCAAAACCCUAGAUAUCAGAUGGGAAAUCUGGCAGACGAUCUAAAUAUCCCUCAAAAUGCAAACCAGAAAGUGAUGCCGGUGUACCCGCAACAGAGUCACGCACAGCCAUUAUACGGAUAUGGACCUUAUGGGAAUGUAAUACAGAAUUCCAACAUUAUCCCGUACCAAAGUGCACCACAACCUCCGGCUUAUCCAUAUAAACAUGGCGGUAUAUCUGGUUAUCAACGAGCGGACCAGAAUGGCGGAAUACAGGAUCCGACCGGUGAAAUCCACCAUUUUUACGGACCACACGGAGAAAGACUUCCCGGCCCUAUUCUGAAUAUGAAUUUCGGUUAUCAUAGUGGAAGCCGUUAUCCAACAAACUUUAAGAUUAAAGGAAAGCUAAAGCGUGGUCAAAUGACGUCGAUCGAGGUCGUGGACUCUAACAUAUCCUAUAGAGAUUUACCGGACAUUGUGAUAAAAGAUCUCAAACGUUUGUACGGACAUAUGGAAAAAGUGGAUGUAACAAUAAUAGCCGAAAAUGGUGAAUAUCAUAUAUACGCCAUGUCUAAAACAGACGGAUUACCUAUUGUCAAUCCGGGCUAUCUGUAUGAUGCACGUAGUCGUGGUGGACAUCGCGCGGGAACCGCUAUGACUGACAUUUACACCAAGAAGUACAACAAUACUGAUGACGUUCAAUACAAGUAUGACCCACACGCGAAAUCAUACUACGUUGACCCGCGCUCAUACUCUGUUGCGAGUGAAGGAAGACGUCCGCGUGAGUACAAGGUUACGGAGGAGCCGAGACUUCCGGUACGGAAACCUGUCAGAAAGGACUUUUAG